GUGUGCUUUGAAGGAGAAUGUUGGGGGCCCUCAUCUACCAUUCCUUUACCAAAGUGGCUUUCGUCUAUCUAAACACUGUUGUUCCAAUCAUCAAAUCCAAAUUAAUAAAUUACCUUCACCACUGAAAUUCUGAAACCCCAUUUUUCUCCAUUCCCAAUUUCACAACAGUAACACAAAAAAAAAAAAAAUGGAGGCUCUUUUUGCUCAAUUCAAUAUUCUUUCAGAUCAAGCUCUUUGUGACAAGAACUUCGACCCUUACACCAUAGAAGACGAUCUCAUGAAACUCUUCGAAGUGGAAGCUUAUAAGGCUUGGGCAGCUAUGGAAUUAGAUCAAGAAAAACAAGUUGAAGAAGCUGAGAAUUACAUGAAAGAAGCAGAGGAUCAUCUCAACACUGCCAUGGAAGACGCCAUGGAAGAGUUCCGCCGUUUCGAGGAGGAAAUGAACCAAAUGGCUAAAGCUGAGUAUGAUAGCUUAGUGGGUGUUGCUGAAAGAGCUAGAAAAAUAGGAAACGCUAUGGAAAAAGUGGCUACAGUUGCUGCUAAAAAGUAUAUUGAAAGUGCUGUUAAUUCUGCUGGUGCCUCUAUGAAAUCUGCUAUUAAAGCCAUUUCUUCUCACAGCUCUAACAAGGUUCAUCCUUCUUGAGAGAUUGGUAAUUAAUUGUCUAUUUCUUCAUAUUGAACUCUACUUGCUAAAUUAUUAAUGUAUCAGUCCUUGUUCUACUUGUUUAACUCUUGAAUUUUGGUGGAUGAAAAAUUGCAUAAAUAAGUAUCUGAUCCUUGGA